CAAUCUUCUGCACUGACGCGAUGUCAUCUCCGCGCGCGGAGAGCGGCCGUGUGUGCGUGCAUACAUGUGCCCCGUCGGCGGUCGCGCGCCUUUUUCCGGGGCUCGUGUGUGUGUGAACGCUGUACGCACGCGUGUUUCCCCUUUCCCACCCUUACUGCGGUUAAUUUCCGCCUCCCCCUCGCGUACAAGUGUCAGCGGAGCGCGUUCGUGUGUUUUUCUUGCAUGUUGCAUCGGAGCCGGAAGAAAAAAGGGCGCUGUGUGUGUGUGUAAUCAGUGCGUGAUGUUGAUGUGCUCGUGACAGUGCGCGUUCGCGCUUGUUUUGCACAUUCGGCAACUUUUGAGUACAAGAGCUUUUUUCUGGAAAGAUCUUCUUCGAGGAAAACUCGCUGCCAGAUGAAGAAAGAAGCGCGGAGGCGACUGCAAGAUGAUUCUUGACGCCUACUGCAUCCCAAUCAGCCAAAUGCAGAAUCAGCAAUGCUAACGUCGAUGGCAACGACGGCGAUUGACCUCACUUACGCCGUCCUUCCACGAUGAAAGAAAACUCGACCAAAGGAGAGAGAGCAGCAAUGUUGGUCGAACGGAAAGAAAGCAGCGGCAGCAGCAGCAGCGACAUGUCGGCGACACCGGCAGCGUCCGCCGCGAGCUCUACUUCCGAUGUCUCGCAAUAUCCGGUUCAUUCUCUGCCGAUCGAGGGAUGCGUCUAUCGGGGCGAGGGAAACGCCAAUCUCGUCGUCGCUUUGCCCUCGGAGCGCAAGGUGAUUCGAUUGAGGAAGUCAGCCUGCGGAGCCGAGUCCUCGCCGGAGGAAGAAGACUGCCUGCGAGUUCGUCGCGAAGUCGACUUUAUCAGGGCCGUCAUUUCCGGCUUCCUCGGCUGCUACGUCUGCGAACCCGAGAUUCUCCACUGCGACCAGGCGGAAAUUGCCAGAUUGUCCGAGAAGAUACGCCUGGACCGUCCCGAAAGCCGCCGAGGCAAAGACGUCGUCGGAGGAUACGCCACCAAGUUCCCGGAUUACACAUUCCUUCCGGAGCAUCUUUCCGAAUUCUCGAGCAAGCCGACAUUCUGCGUGGAAAUUAAACCUAAACAGGGCUUCAUUUGCAAGGCAGAUAGGCAAUUUCGGAAAUGCCCUUAUUGUCUAACGCAAUAUUACAAGAUCCACACCGGCAGCACAAAAGCGCCCAGCGCCUACUGUCCCUUCGAUCUCUUCUCCGGCGAGACGGAGCGCAUGAACCGCGCUUUAGCGGCUCUCCUGCACUCGCCACAGAACAACUUCAAGAUCUUCAAGGAUGGCUCGGUGGUGUACGACGAGAAAGUCGCUGGGGAAGAAUCUCUGCGUCGCAUCUUCAAAGAUUGGCUCUCCGACGAAGAGGAGGAUCCACUUGAGGUGUUCCAGGAACUUACGCGCUACGCUCUCACAAGACCCUUCGACGUCGACAACGAGGAGAGGGUCGUCAGGGCCGAGGAUCAGAUCAGGGAGAUAGAGUUUGAGGCGCUGCCGCCCAGUCGAUUGGAGCCCGAACUUGUUCAAAGAGCCAAAAAGCUGUUGGCCAAGGAAGAAAAGGAAUGCGUGCUGUCGGGCGAGAAGAAGAGUCGGCCAGCCAAGGGGUCGGUCCUCGAGCGAAUUCUUCGGAUGCAGAGGUUGCACCGCAUCGGUGCCGACGCCGUUGCUUGGGUCUACGCCAAGUUCUCGGCGCUCCUCAGCGACGAGUUGAUUUACGCGGACCUCGUGCGCACUGCUGACGCCAGUGUCUACCCUGAGGUACAUCCAGAGGUUGUAUGUGUAAAGAAUAAACAACUGAGCGAUGGGACAGUCGAGGAUAAAAUAUCGACCAGUACAUCGUGCGAGAAGAACAAUAACAAGCAAAAGAGUCUUGCCGACAGCAGGGAUUUUGGAAAGAAUGUUUCGAUCGAAGAGUGCUUGGCUAUUUUGAAGAGUUACUUGCUAUUUUGUACCGCAAAGGACUGCUCGAUAUUGAUGGCUUUUCAAGAAGUGGAUAAAGAAUUAUCAUCAGAUAUAAAUCCAGCACACCGAAUCAACACUUCCAAAGGCCGAAGUUUUUUAGUCAACGUCCGAGUCCUGGAUCUAGAUAUGAAAAAGUUGGAGAGUGUCAAAAAACAUCGCCGUAGGGAUAAUGAUGUACUGAAAGCAACGAUAAAUGAACUAGAAAAGAAGUUAUAGAUCUUUAAAGUAGCAAUGCAAUUAUUUAUAUAAAUUGUUGUUAUAUUAGCAGUAGCCUUUAUAUUUUUAUUGUUAGCUAGAUUGAUAGCAACUUUUUACACGUAAGCCUGUGGUAUACUUCCCAUACAAAUGUCAAUUAAUACCGUACAGAAUUAGGUGAACAAAAUUUUAUUACUAGUCCAAUAGAAUUUUGAUAUUAACUUACAAAGAUCGCCUCGUAAAUAUGGAUCGUCUUUAUGUAUUCACAAGGCUAAUUUUUUAAUGCAAAUUUAUUUCUAAAUUUUAUUGUAUAAUCGUGCAUACGUAAUUUUUAAAUCUAUAAUGUAUCUCUAAUUGUGAUAAAGCAUUACUAUAGUAACGUAUUUACAAGCGAGUGUUAUUUUAAACUUUAGAAUUAUCUAUUUAAUGUGAUCUGCGUAUAAUCACAAUAGUCUCUGUAAUGUAACGAAGAAGCAGAUUGUGAUAGCGAUACACAUUGUAUACUGUGUCAAUAAUGAAUUUGUUGUAAAAAAAACAAUUUUGAAACUAUCGAUAUUAAAGAAGCGCUUUACAAAACUU